CUGCAUUCCCGCAAGCUGAUUGGUUGAUCAGACAGUGGGGUAGUUCCUAGUCAUGCUUUGUACCUCAUUGCACUUACUGAGAUCAAGUUGGAGCAACCAGCGUGCAGCAUUUAUCAUGGCUUCCUCUCCUGAUUUACUGAUGAAGCUGGUGGCGUCUGCCUAUUCUGUAGCAGAGAAAGCUGGAACAAUAGUCAGGAAUGUGAUGAGCGCCGGAGACUUGGGUAUAGUGGAAAAGACAGGAGCAAAUGACCUGCAGACCGCCGCUGAUCGCCUGGUGCAACAGAGUAUAUGUUCAUCCCUAGCAAAGAAAUUCCCCAAGUUGACCAUCAUCGGGGAGGAGGAUCUGCCUUCUGAGGAAGUGGAAGACAGCCUGCUUGCACUGGGGCAAUCUGAGGACAUUCUCAAGCAUACCUGCCCCUCACAGUACAGUGGCAUCAAAGAAGAAGAGAUCGUGGUGUGGGUAGAUCCUCUGGAUGGCACAAAAGAAUACACAGAAGGUUUGCUGGACCAUGUGACUGUGCUAAUUGGAAUUGCUUAUGGAGGAAAGGCCAUUGCUGGGGUGAUAAACCAGCCAUAUUAUAACUACCAGGCUGGUAACAAUGCAGUGCUUGGCAGAACAAUCUGGGGAGUUCUGGGCAUCGGUGCCUUUGGCUUUGAGCUGAAAGAAGCGCCUGCUGGGCAGCAUAUCAUCACCACCACGCGCUCUCACAGCAGCAAGCUUGUGAAUGACUGUAUAGCUGCCAUCAACCCAGAUAAGGUGGUUCGAGUGGGUGGAGCAGGAAAUAAGAUCAUACAGCUUAUCGAGGGCCAGGCAUCGGCCUAUGUGUUUGCCAGUCCUGGCUGCAAGAAAUGGGACACCUGCGCUCCAGAAGCUAUUCUGCAUGCAGUAGGAGGCCAGCUCACCGAUAUUCAUGGAAACCCAUUCCAGUACCAAAAGGAUGUGAAACACAUGAACUCAGCAGGCGUGUUGGCUGCUCUGCGCAAUUUCGACUAUUACUUCUCCCGUGUCCCUGAUUCUGUGAAACAAGCGCUGGUGCCUUAAAUUCAAAGACUUCUGGGAAAGUAGAUCCUAAAGCCAGGCUUCCUUCCUUUACACAGAGUAGCCACAGAGCCAUAAAGGAUGGCUUGCUUUAGUGAAUAUAUUCCCUGUCCCCCAUUCCCCAUUUUAUUGUCAAAGGGACCAGCCGCUCAGAGGAUAUUGCAGCCCUCCCUGGCAUAAAAUAUUUUACAUAUAAUAAUUUGCUUAUAAUGAAUAUUGAAUCAAAUUGGCAGAAUUACUUUUGCUAGAGAGAUCAAGCCAUUGUUGAAAGCACUGAUACUUUUAAGUUACAGAAUGUUUCUGUGGAAACGUAUAUUGAAAUACUGUUGUUUUUUUUCAUAGAGCAAUACACUAAAUACAAUGAUUUUACAUACUUGAAUAUGUGGCCAUAUUUGGGCAGAUUUCAGCUGCCUGUUCAGGUCCUUCAGACUGAUUCGGCAGCUUAUCUGCCCAUGUAUGGGCACCCACGACAAGCCUACCCGACUGAUAUCUUAUAUGAGCAGAUUUCAAUUGGGCAGGUUUGAUUUUCCUGUCAGUUCAGGGGCCACAUCGGCUCAUUAAUGUGGUCCUUGCUCCGACGGCCCGUGUACCCGCCAUUUUAAUUUGAUCAAAUUAGCCUUAUGAUCGAAUUAACCUGCCUGUUCCUAAAAUGCAAAGUAGCACAGCAGGUCUGGCAGUUGCCAUCUUGCACCUUGUAUUUUCUUUUUGAAAUGAUUGCUCACACUGAAGGUGUCAAGGUCACUGCUGAAGUGCAUGCUCAAGAUGCUGAAAGGGUAGGGCAAACAGGGCUUUAUUUAGGGGGGGCGCACAUUUUAGGGCUAGUUUAUUUUAUACCUGGCUUUCAUUCUCCUUUAACACCCAAAAACUGAAAUGAACUUGUUCUGUACCAAUAGUGUAAUGCGAGAUAAAAUAUUCCCUCUGGGCUUUUUAAGUAAAUUUGUGUUUGCCACAAACAGAGUCCUUGAUAACACUUACACUACUGUGCUUUUGCCAAACAGGAUUCCCGUUUAAACGACACAUAAAAAAUCUGUUAACCCCUUGCAGACUGUUGCACAUGAGCGCACAUUGAAUUUCUUUUCCAAGAAUGCUAGGUGCCUCUUACACUACAAGUAGAAUUAAGUAUAUAAUAAGUAUAUAUAUGUAUGUGUAUACGGAUAGUAUUGUGUAUAUAUUAUAUAUAUAAUAUAUAUAUAUAUAUACACACAUACACAAUACUACCCGUAUACACAUACACAGUGUCUAUGCUAAGUUAUGGAAGAUGUUACACCAGUACCCGUUAAGUCACUGAAGGAGGAUAAAAUCUGUGUUUUGCGACUAAGUUCCAAGAUGACCGGUCACAGAGUACAAUAUAUUAAUUCUGGGUCUUGGACCAUUUUAUCCACACACACCUGUCCAGAGUACAAACUAAUGGCAUAAUGCUGUAGUUGCCUGAUAGGAUGUAGCCAAAUAGAAAUCUGGCUGAUCACUGACAAUACAGUUGAAGCUGAAACCUGAAGUUGUUCAGGCUGUCAUGUUGGUCUCAUAUAGAGACUGCCAGAACCGUCAGCCUAUGUUAGCUACUGUAUGAUCAGCUUAGGUUUGUGUGUGUGUGCCUUUUUUUUUUUUUUUUUCAAUAUGCAAAUCUGUAUGCGUCGCACAAUCAGACAUUCCCUCUAGCUGCCAUGUGAUGUUUUAAAAAUUGUAUUUUGAUUGGUUAGUGAUGACACAAAUAAAAAUUUGGUGUUUAUCUAA